AUGGCGGAUAGUCCAGAAGCAAAGUUGAUGAGAGGACUGGAGUCACUAGAUGUUAAAAUUUCACAGACUCUUUACGAGGUACAAUCGCUCAACAUUUCCGUCAGUUAAGGGUUCUGAUGUUAAAAUGUACCCUCUAUGGUUGUAGAUAAAAGAACUGGAAGUUACAAACCACGAACUCAGCUGUCUACAACCGAAAAAGGUUUGUAAUUCAGUUGUAUAUUCGUCUACGACAGUGUUUCCCCUUUUUGCUAUGUUGACGAGAUAUGUCUUAUUCGUUUUAUUUAAAGAGAGUAUUCACAAGGCAAGGACCUGGGAAUGUGUUUUUUCUUUCUGAUCGUGCACUCGUGGUUGGCCAGUUUAAAAGUAAGUAUAAACGCGCGUAACUUGUUAAGAUUCCUGUUAAGUUUUACAAAACUUAACAGGAAUCAACCCUUCUACCUCUAAGAUCUGAUUAGUUGAAGAGUGCGUAGAUCACCCAGUCACCUGAUGGGUUUGUCAGCUCUCAACACACGUUGGAAGAUUUGUUUUCUUAGCCCAUAAUUUCCUUCUUCAAGUUAUUUCCUACUUAAGUAAGAUCAACAGAGAGUUAUUGUACUUUUAUACACAGAGAAAUUUAAUAAUCCUUUUCAGUGAUGUUGUUAAUUAAUUUAAGGUGAAAUAAACUUCUUGUAGAUUGAAAUUUGGAUGAGUUUAUCAUCACAAUGACCAUACAUGGCUUCAAUUAAUGCCUAUCAUGAUACAAGUAAUCAAAACAAUCAUAGCAUACUAUAUGCAAAGCUUCCUUUAUUUACAGAAUGGUUUCAACCUGAAAAUGAAUUUAAACAGAAUUUGAAAGUACCUGAGCAAUUAUACUGUCUAAAUAUUUGCUUAAGGCAAAGAUAAUGGAGUAGAAUAGUCUCUUUGACUUCAUCUUUAUCAGGCUUAGAUUUGUUGAUAUUCUAAGUAGAAGUUGCACAUUAAUCACAUUUGAAAAAUGAAUUUUUGUCCUAUCUUUCUGUGAAUGACUACCUCAGGUUGUUAACCCUUUAAUUCCCAGAAGUGAUUGGGAGGUAACUUCUCCCUAUAAUAUCCAUACCCCAUCCAGCAAACAGGUAAUGAGAAUUUUAAAACUUAUCAUGUAGAAGAUGUUAUUAUUGAUCUAAUACCAAAUUCUCUAAUUGAUUGAAAAGGAAAUGUAUAGCAGCUAGAGAGGAGAAUUAAAACUCAGAUCUUGGGAGUUAAAGGGUUAGGGAUUGAGACAAGUUUGACUGCAAAUAGAGACACAAAACUGAGUUGAGCUUUGUUUGCAAAUGUAUGAGUUGAAGUAUUUUGUUUAUAUUCCAGAAAAGCUUGAAGAUGCUAAGAAAGAUUUAGAAGAGCUUAACAGGCAAAAGCAAGAUGCUGUCUGAUCUUAGCUGGAAUUCUUGCUAUCAGUCAGUGAACAAUGAGAUGCUACUUAACACGGAAUUAAUUUUCCCUAUCAGUCAGUCUGAUCAGUUGCUGGAUCCCUUUAAAUGAAAGUGUGCAGGAAUUCUGAUAGUAUCUCACAAGAGGGCGACAAAAGGGUUUAGAUUUAUGUUUAAAGUGUUAGCCCAUUAGUGAAGGCAUUGAACUAGUGACAUAUCUAGUUGAAGAAAAGAAAAAUUGAACACAAGAAAAGUUUUCUUUAUUGAUGAAUGAAAAAAAAAUGGAUCCACACAUCCCUGAAACAAGUUGUAAAGUGUAUUGGUAGUAAGGCUCAAGAUAAUAAAUGUGUUGAAUCAUUAUGAGAACAAACAAUGGGGAUAGCUCAUAUAUAUAUAUGUAGCUUAUAUAAAUAUGUUUUCUGGGUCUAAACAAUUAAUUAUUGCUCUGUUGCAUGUGCAGUGAGUCAACUGUUUUGUUUUCGAUCAGUCUGAAAGUAGUUAAGUUAUAUUAACUUUGAACUUUUCAAAAGGCAAGAUUCUCAAGAAUAUUCUACAAUGAAAAAUAUCUGAAUCAAAUUUGUACUUAACAGUUGCUUGUUUCCUACAUUUUUCAUGAUAAUUAUGUAUGUAUUUUCUUGUAGAGGUGUACUAUUAAAAUGUAUUUGUUAUUCUGUGAGAAAUAUCAUUAAAUUAAAACUGUACAUCUGAGAGGAAUAUUUUGCCUUGCAUUUUUAAAUUUAAAGCACAACUUUGUGUUAUGAAAAUUUGAAUUUAUUUUAUUUUUGUAUGAAACAUGUAAACAAGAGAUUGAAAAAACAAGGAUUCAUUAUAGAUCAUUCCCUUUCUCUGAUCUUUACUUAUAUCAAGUUUUUUAUCCUAAGAUUCUCUUUUUAAAGUAUCUAUCUACCUUGUUUUUUAUGCUCUCCAACCCAAGCAAGCUGCAAAUGCCCCUACCUUCCCUUCCCUUACCAUUUUAAAACAGCUUUCCAAGAUUUACUUCCGGUCACGUGUUUUUUCGCUCUCCAAUGAAAGGUAACCACGCUUCCUUGAAACCGGUAGUGAAAAAAACCUCCAGAUGGUUUCUGGCGAUGUUGAAGCUGGAAACUCACUAUCUUCUGAAUCGAAAAUGGCUCCGUAUGUUACAGAUAGAAAGAAAUUAAUAGUGUGUUUCUUGGGAAUAUUUAUAUCGUACUUUUACUACGGAAUUAUACAAGAGAAAAUGUGAGUAUUGGUCACCUAACUAUGAGAUAACUUUCUUCGAUCUUUCACACGCAAGUCUUCAACUACUUUUGAAAAAAAUUGAUUAAUUUCUAGGAAUUUCAUCGCCAUUCACUCAUCAAAGAACCAGUGCGGUAUUCCUUCUUCUUAAAUUUUCCCAAUCGCACGAACCAAUGUCUGUAUUUUUUAAUCUCUUUACAAUGAUAGUUCGUAGUUUUAUACCAAUAUUCAAUGGUUGACUUCCUAAUUGGAAUUGUGGUUUAAAGUUACGUAAGAUAUUUUUGUUGAACUGGGAUCCAAGGCUUAUGAGUUCUUUUGUGGUCAAGCCUAGAAUAUUUCUCGAAGUCUGAGGAUAGCCUGUUCAAGGUUUUGUCCUUUUAUUUUCAUGUCCUAAUUCAAUAUACGUGUUAUAUUCUCGGACAGAACAAGAACAUCUUAUGGCGAAGACAAAGAGAAAUUUGUGUAUGCUCUCUCCUUGGUCUUUGUUCAGUGCAUUGUGAAUGCACUUUUUGCUAAAGCAGGUAGGUUGACAGUGUUUCAUGAAGUGAAAGAUAGUUGCAGUGAUUUUUGCCAAAGGAACGAGUGUGUACUUCAAAUAUUUUUGCAUCUGUGAUCCAUUAACCUUUUCACUCUUGGGAUCUAAAAUCAAUUCUUCACUUUGUUAACAAUAUAUUUAUUUCAAUUUUUGCCCGGAAAAUGUGGUUUUAAGUAAAAAAAAAAUAUAUAUCUUCAAAUGUUUAUUUCUUAUCACCUUCUCGAAAUUUUUUUAAUACUCUCGAGGAUAAAUUCCUCUUUUUAUCACUUUAUUUAUUAGAGAAUUUCCACACAAGGUCAAAAAUUUCUGAUUAAUAAAAAAACUCUCCUCAUGGAUUUAUCAGUCUGACUCACCAGUUUAGAAAAAUGCUAAGCAACCAAAAUAAUCAGGAGGAUGGUGAACUAAUUAUGCUGCUCUUGUUCUGUUUUAGUUAUCCAACUGAUGUACAGAAAUGAAGCUAAGGAUACAACUCCAUUCUGCUGGUAUGGGAUCUGUGCUACAACCUAUAUUGGUGCAAUGCUGGCCAGUAAUAAGGCUCUUCAGUGGGUGAACUAUCCAACUCAGGUUAGUAUAAAUUCCUCUCGAUCAAUCCUUGCAAUACGAUCGGUUAUUUUGUUUCAGUGACUCAGUUUUCAUAGGCUGAGAAAAUAUUCACUUUGGUGCAAAAAAUGUUGCUUGAAAAAGCCAGGUUGCGAGGGUCACCAUAUAUUUCAAAUUUAAUCUGAUAAACUCUAAUAAUUCGUUUUACUAUUUUCCAUCAAGUGAAACUUAAUCAUAAUUUUGUUUUGCUGGUAGGUCUUAGGGAAGUCAUGUAAACCUAUUCCAGGUGAGUGAUAACAUAGAGCAGGUAUUGUCAUUGAUCAGGAAUGAAUUGAUGUACAUACUAACUUUAAUUGCAGAUAAAUAGAACAGUUUAGAAAGAGGAGAAUUUUGUUGUAGUUUAAAAUUGAUCUGAGUCGAAACAUUUUUCAUGGCUGUGUUUGUGAUAAAUUGUCAUAAUUCUUAAUCAAAGAAAGCUACAAACUUACCUUAUACCUACCAAUCAUGACUGAACUAUGCCACUUGAGUCUGACAGCCAAUAACAUCACAGCAAAACUGACCAAUCAAUUCAUACAAACUGGACUAAGAACAUAAGACUGAAAACAACUAUUCAGUUGACACUGAUAAUGACUUCCACUCAGGUUGUCAAAAUGUCAGUCACCACCACUGAAAACAGUCCUUCUUAGGACUACACUUGUCUGGAUGAUCAAACCACACUAUUAAAAAAUUAAUCUAGUUUUGUUUCUAAUUUGAAGACUUCAUUAUUCGAUGAAUGACACAGGAAUACUCAAAAACAUGUUUCUGAAUGCUCCCAAUUGGAGUCAGGCCAGUUAGUGGUUUGGAUGCUCUACCAGGGAGCUUUAGGUAUAAUCAUAGAUCAGUAAUGAAUUGAGUGAGCUGUAGGAGAGGGGUGGUAGGCUGUACUGUCCAUGUUGACAAACUUCCUGCAUACUGCUAGGAAAGGAAUGUUUAGGUGUGAUGCUAUUGUGCAUUGAUAAUGUUCAUGAAUAUUGUUAGAUUUUAAGCUUGGUCUUUUGGUGAAAGAUGAUGUUUUCAGAAAAUAAUGUGAUUAGGGCAUUCUUUUGAGUAUGCCAGUGUUUUAUUCACUGAAUAACAUUGUCUUUCACUAGGCUGAAAAUCGACCAUUUUCAUUCAUAUGUUUCUAAUUGUCUUUCAGUUAUGAUUCUGGGAGUUCUUUUAGCAAGGAAAAGAUAUCCCCUUCUGAAAUACCUAUGUGUUUUUCUUAUUGUUUGUGGAGUGGCUCUGUUCAUGUACAAAGAGGUGAGACGAUAAGCUGUAAACAUAGAAAAAUAUUACAAACUUGUCACAAGAGUGGAAUUUAAAUAUAUCUGAAGAUGCAAGCCUCAGACUUUUGGAUUUUACAUCCUUAUUUGUAUCUAUAACAACUAUCUUCAGCAUUUUUCUGACCAAGUUCAAAACUUACCAAAAGAAGACUAAAUUUUCAAAUUGAUGAUUAAUUGUAGAAUAAGAAACAAGUAUCAAAUGACAGUGGAAGCUGGAUUGGAUUUGGAGAACUCCUCUUGGUAAGUAGUGUCAAACAGGUAGGGCUCAGGGUGGGGUGGGAAGGGAGCUCAGAGGAAAAGAGAGAGUUGGGGAGGGGGUAGGUGGGAAGUUGGUUCAAUAGCUGUUUUAGGUUGUAAACGCUUGGCUGCUUAGGUGAUGAGGUGUGCUAUUUAGACUUGAUGGCAAUUUAAUGCAGUGGUCAAAUGUAGGCAUGAGUGAGAGAAUCAAUUCUGGCCAGCUGGGCACUAAUUUAGUGUGCAAAAUUUCAAAGGAAAACAUAGGAAACAACCAUACAAACAUCAUCAUCAUCAUCAUUUUAUUUGCUUUUCAAUCAGUACAAAAAAUUUAUCUACGUGAUGAGGAGACCCAAGAAGCCAUCAGGCUUAUGGGAGAGGCCACCUCACUUUCAACACUACUGGUAUAUUCAAAAAAGAUUAAGUGCUGCAAAUGUGUGUCUUGGCCAGCAUAGUGAUUAUUUAAAGUAAAACUUGUGCAUUUUUGUUGUAAAGCUAAGAAGGUUUGAUGAAUGAGCAGCUGAAAGCGAGUGAGCUAGAGAGAGAAAGAGAGAGAGAGGGUUGAAGUAAAGCAUUAUGAAUUACAGGCUUUCAAAAUGUGUUAACAACUCUUGCUGGUAAAAUGUUUGCACGAGGAAUUAAAUUUUAGGUGGUUGAAAAUUAAUAGUUUGUUUCUUUUUGCAGCUUGUAUCUCUGACAUGUGAUGGGUUGACAGGUGCAGUGCAGGACAGAAUGAGAGCAGAACACCACGUCCAGUCACACCAUAUGAUGUUUAACAUGAAUCUCUGGUCAAUUGGUAUCUUGGCGAUAAGUAAGUAACAGCAAAGCUAGCUUUUUUUUUUAAAUACACAAGUUCAACACUGAACAAUUGAAGAGGAGAAGUAUGCUCCAUUGUGCGCAUCGUGGUUUUCAUAUGUGGCUAGGUCAAAAUCUUUUGUUCAAAAUGGCGGCUUUCACGGUGAAAUGUUUUACACACCUGGACAAAAAAAUUUGGGAACAAUUUCAUGUAGCCCCUUGUUUGGAAUCUCAAAACGCGGUGGAAAGUUCAUAUUUAUAUUAACCUUUUGAUGGUGGAUUUCAAUCGUAAGGAUUUUGGAGCAUACAGAACACUGUUGUAAAACAUUUUCAAAGCAAUUUUUGAAGCGAUUUGGAUGUGAUCUGGGACUUGGCAAACUUUAGUUCGCACAUUUUACUUUUUUCUCCUUGGCGUUUAUAUUUUUUAAAAGUGACUUUUGAGUCAACUUAUAUUUCGAGGGAAAUCGUAAACUGCAGCCUUUUUAGUCCUUAGUUUAACUGAUAGCACUUGAUGUACUCUUUGAGCAGUUGCAGUUGAGAUUUAUUAUUACUUUUGAAGAACCACCGUUAAGUCUUUUCUUAUUACGUCCACAGCUCUCUUGACUAGUGGUGAAGUCUUCCAGUUCAUUGCAUUUUGCCAGCGGUAUCCUUACGUUCUACUACACAUAUUUACAUUCAGUCUGGCUAGUGCUAUAGGACAGGUAUGAUCAGUUUUAAGAGCGAGUAUAAUCCUUAUUAGGUACUGUCUUUUUUGGGCUCUUUUCGAUAUUGUGUCGUAAAACUAAAACAAAAGCAAUCGCAGCGGCCAAUCAGAAGAAAGGAAAAGACCUUUCAGAGCCAAUGAGAACUCAAAAUAAAAACUAUCAAACUGCCUAAAGCGCGGGAAAAACGCGGGUGACCAAAUCGCGAUUGGUUUCAAUUUUGAAUCUGAUUGGUUUAAAAAGUGGUGCGAAUUUUCUUGACCAAUCACAAAGCGAAUUGAAGCGAUGCCAGAGCAAUCCCGGGUUACUUUAUACACUCAAUUGAAAUUUGCUUUAAUACGAACGUAUUACAGAUUCUCGGGCCGCUCAGUAUGCAUAUUCUCCAUACUGUUCUCUAUACAUUUCCUAAGGUGCUGACAAGGAGAAUUUGUUUAACGAUCAAGAGCUUCUUUAGUUGGUGAUCAUUUCCUUUAUUUUCAUGGCCUCAAUGUUUGAUUGAGAGAUGAGAAAUUCGAUACUAGUGACUCAGGGGUCAAAAGUUUCAGAAAAGUGAUUAGUUAUGGGACUAAAAAAAAAACGAAAAUGAACAGCAGUAACAACAAUUUAACAAGAGUGAGCUUGUAUAGUGUAGGCUGCAUCUGAUUGGCUGUAAAGACAUGCCAAGUUCACACUGAUUGGUGAGCAGUUAUCAAAUCAAGGUCACGAUUUUCCAGGGGAUGAGUGAAUCCCCUAAGUCGUAUGCCUUGCAUGGAGAUCGGUUCUUCCUUAGAAUUAACCAAGGUUUUACUUUUUUGUGGACUUGGGGAGGUUUUCUUUCUUUUGCCCCGUAAGAGUUUCGUCACGGUCUUCCGGAAUUCUCGAAUCUUGAGCACGUAGAUGAUGAAAUUGGCGAAAGAAUUGCUGUAGUGCAAAAACUUUGCGAAGUAAAUCAACUGGAGAACAUAACAGUCUUUGCAGAACAUGAUGAUAAUGUUCAUAAUGUAGAAAGGGACCCACGUGAGGAUGAACACAACUGUGAUUAAGGACAGCGUUACCGCUAGCUUUUUUUCUUGUUUCGUGCCUGUCCUGUGGUUUUGGCUCACAGGCUUCCUAACCUUGUGCCAAAUCAUAGCGUAAGCGACAGAAAUUAAAAUCAAUGAAGUGAACACGCAGACAAGCACGGCGUAGUUGAAGACAGUUUUUAGCAGGUCUUUGCUGGUGAAAUUGCUCAGAACGCGAAUCCCAGCAACGCAAGCCGCUAAGAACCAGACCAGGCCGAUCUCCAUCAAAUAAGUCGCUUUGGUGAUAGUUUUGUGCUUGUGAGGGCGGAACACAGAGUAUGCGCGAUCCAGCGCUAUAGCGACGAGCGCAAAGAUUGACGCGAAACCCAUAAACGCGUCGAUAGGCAGGUAAAUCUCGUUAAACCGGAUUCUGGCCUCGUUUUUACGUAGAUAAUAAAACAGCAUUUCAGUUACGUACAUCGGUAUUGAGCAUGCGCCAACCAUAAAAUCCGCUAUCCCCAGGCUCACUAAGAAGUAGUUGGUGCGGGCGUUGGCGAGCUUUUUGUUUGUGCUGAAUGCUGCGAUUGUCAGCGAGUUUCCGACGAUGAUGGCUAUUGCUACAAUAGCAUACGAUAUCGCCCAGCCAAGUAAGCUUGGUAUUGACAUGUAACCUUGUAGUUCGCCUUGAUUUGUUUCGUUGUUCGUUGUAUCCGUGACGUUCACGGCAGGUUCAUGGCAGUUCAUGGCAGAUUAUUGUAGUCUAGAAACAGGAAGCAAAGUGUGUUAAUGGAGCCGACUCAGAGCGAUUUAUUUCGAUGUUAUCUUUGUUUCAAGUCACACUCGAGACUGACUAGAAUAGCACUUGAAGCAUAUCCCAGACGGUUUCAACUCCCCCCUCCCCUGGGUAGGGUACUAGUCCAUCACAGGUCAACCCCCUCUUCUCCACAAUUUCACCAGGUUUUCUUUCCCACCCCCCCAUCCGAAGUUUUCGGUACCCAUUUUUACUCCUGGGUGGGGAAAGGCACUGUCAGGAUAUCCUGUCUUGCCUGAGAACACAACACAAGAAGGAAUAAUUCUAACGAAAUUCAGCUGUGCAAACAAAGUCUAAAACCAAAGCAAGCGAGCCUGAAGCGCGGGAAAACGCGAGUAAGUCGGGAGUGAUUUUUUGGUAAAAAUUGUAUUGGCUAAAAGAUUGGCGCAAAUUUUUAACCAAUCACGGAGUACAGUGAUGCAAAACCAAUGAAAUGUCAGAUUAAUUCCGAUACUUAGCUAAAAAUUGCUCUUAGGUGGGAUUUCCUGCAAUCAUUUUGGACCACUUUGUGUACGUGACCGCACACCGCAAAUUUAUUUCUGACAUCUGCGGGAUUUUUCGUUCGUCUGGUUUAAGGUGGAAGUGUCAAAUUGUCAGUGAUAAAAUUCACACUCGGUAUGUUCAAUAACAGUCUGUGGCAGUUAUUAAAUCGAAGGAACUUUGGCGGUUGUCGAAAAAAUAAUUGUAAUGUGGGUAAGGUCAAGGAACGUGUAAACUUGUUGAAACAACAGCACUUGUAAACGAUUGUCCUCGGAACUUUUUGGGAGUCUCCGGGUUUCUUACAUUUUUCCCGAAAUUGCAAAACUUUUAUUUAAAAGUCGUUUCUAAAAAGUAGGACAAAAAUAAUGAGGUUGGCAGGUUCUUUAUUAAUGUAGUUACUUUGAAGAACGGCUUUAGAGCUUAGAAAUUGAAUUAGAAACUGCAUACCAUGUGUUCAUGGUGAACUUCGUUCUAAAUUGGCGGAUUUACUUUUUCGGCUCUCAUCCAGCAACUAAAUAUUUGUUUGCUCUUUUUUAACAUAUAAAUUUUGUCCUUGAUUCAAAAUUUUUUUUCUAGCUUUUUCUUUCUAUUUUUUGUGCGCACAAAGGAGGCAGCUAACGAGACAGUUCGCCUCUGUUUCAAACAGAUUAUAACUGUAAUAUUUCUCGUCGUGACACUUUUGAAAUUCUGCCUGAUCUUUAGCCAAGCUCCACAGUUCAGUUCAAUUACAUGUUAUUGACUUUUUCGUCAACUGAGAGCAUUUCACGUCGUUUUCGUUUUCCCGCGAAAUGACAUUCGACGAAAAGUCAAAACUGUAGAACAAUGCAGCAAAAUGAAAACAAAAUAAAAGUGAGCAUUUAGUGGUCAUAAAUUUCACUUCGAUAUGCAGUUAAUUUCCUAUUAAAUAAUUUUUCAAUUUUGUCCUCUGUGCAAAGUUUACUUUUUUUUUAAUGGCGUUUGCUUUUGUGGUGCGGAAAUGACUUAUUUAACCAUGCCUUGACAUCUGCACUUUUUUACCAUUUAGUCAUUGAAAAGACUUUUUUUUGGUCCUUAGUAAUCGCUCUUCUAAGCUCAAAUUCAGUCAAGAACUGUUGUUUUUUUGGCGCAUUACUGAUUUAACGCGUUAUCUCUCUGAUGCAAGUGCCUUUUAAGGCAUUUUGACUAAGCACAAAAUGUUUUUUCUCGGCCGGUAUUAUUCUAUUGUGAUGAUAUUUUAGUAAUAUUUAAAUUGCGUCUCGUUUUAUAGCUCGAGGCGAGCAGUUUUGAUUAUCAUUACGAUAUGACGAAUUUUUAUGUGAGAUGAAAGACUUCCCGAUACAUGACGCUUUCUUUUAUUUUCGUAACCUCGAGCAGAAUAUCGCGUAAUUCACUGAAUUUCAGUAUCGUUCCUUCACUAUUUCUGGUAUCUGUGCCUGUAUAUGACAUUUCGCAAUUAAAGUUUUACUUUCUUAUUGUUUGUUUUGCGUAGUAUGUAGCUUGGAAAACUUCAACAAGCGUGCGCAGUUUGAUAUUACUUCUCCACUGACUUUUGAAAACGUUGCCCAGAAAUUGAAUUUGGAUUCGAUUCGGAGGACUUUGCAUGCUCUUGUGGGAAAAGUCGCCGAAUGAAGUAUGAUAUUCCUUCAUAAAGUACGUAGCAAUAGUUUUUUUCUUACCUGUCGACUUUAAAACGUGGUUUUUAGUUUUAUUCCGCUUUUAUCUGAUUAAAACCACGGCGUUUUCGAGCUUUUGAAGACUCACUGUCCCUUGCAAGUUGAGGACUCUGGUGGUGGUAGCUGUGUUGCAAAUUUGUCUUCUUAAUGUGUUACUGUCAGCGCCUUUUGUUAUAACCAGCAACUGUUAUUGCUUCCUGUGCAGCAACCAAUCGAAUUACGCAGGUGAGAUAAUUUUUCGCAAGCAGAUACGACAUCUAAUUUGGCGCUAAAUUGCGUUACGAUUAGGAAGUCGAUGAAACUCUCGAUUGUAUGCGAUAGAGAAAUAAAAUCGUUUAGGUUCAUUUUCCACUGAAUAUUUCGAAAUAUAUCGCGACAGGCUAUCAACGUCAUUAAGAUAAAACACAGUUGGUUUAAAUGCCGGAGGAAACCAAGUGGUCCUCAAGACUGUCAUUAACCUUAAUUCAGUUUUUUCUUGCAAUAACAAUAUUGACGAAUCCCUUUGUUCCUAAGUCACUCAAGUUUUCGGCCUGUGUUUGUGACAGAGGGGGAUACGUUCUGUAUUUUAUUAAAACUUUUAAUUCGCCUUUGUUGAUUGUGAAUUUAGAGGGUAUUUGGUGAACUGUGUUUGAUGCUUUUUGUGGGCUGUAAAAAUUAUUCUAUUUCCGAUAAUGUAGAUAAGCCCUUUCGUAUUCAUUUGAAUUAGUUGUGCGGAGAGUUUUACAGGAAGCCGCAAGAGAAAGGUGGGAAAUUGUGUCUGAUUGUCAGAAAAUAGCGCGAAUUCUGUCUGAUUGCGGAAAACAAAGGCAGGAAUCAUGUCUGAUAUUGAGGAAAUAAUUUGUAGGAGAGAAAUAGCGGGAAUAAACUGGUAUAGUUUCCCUGCAUCGGGAAAUUUGGCAUGCUGCAUUGAAAAAAUGGCGGGAAACUAGGUGACCUUAGCUGAAAAAUUGAUUCGCUUCGCGAGGAUAAUGGCGGGAAACUAUAAUUGUACGCGGUGGAAAUAGCGGGAAAUUUAGCGUGCUACGUUAAUAAAAAGGCGAUAAAUUUAGUGGCUUUAGUUGAAAAUAGGUUUGUGUCCCAAGGAUGAUGGUGGGAAAUUAGACUUGUAGCCGGUAGGAAUAGCAGAAAAUUAACGUUUAGUGCGGAAAGAAAUUACUGGGGAAUAUUAUGACGUAAAUAAAGAUUUGGCGGCACUUUGUGCUAUAUUUGAUUAGGUGUCAUACUUGAAAUUUAUGGUUAGAGUUAAAUAGAUUGUGUGAGAAUCUGUCUGGAAAAGUUGUGAUCUCGUCUAAUUGCAUCUCGGUCACCUCCUGAUGGUAAGUAAUGUCCAAGUUCUCUUGGCACAUGUGACUUACUGUCAAGCGCACGAGGAAAAAGAGUGACAAAUUAAUCAACAAAAACUGUUGGAAAAGAGUGUAAGGCGGCCGGUUUAAAAGAAUUGAUAUUCUGAUCUUUUAGUUGACCCUAUCUAAUCAGCAAGCAGCGAAACUCUAGAACUAUCGUUUACCAAUCUAGUGUCCGGUCAUUACACAACGCGAUUUUCAAAAUAGCUAAAAAAAAUUCGAUGAAAAAAAGAGAGUUGGGGCUAAAGAUGGUACAUUCUAAGUAGAAUAAUGUUUUGCGAGACUCAAUAGUUAUCCACACACGUUCCUACAUGAGUUAAGAUUCAUAUGCACUUGCAUGAUAUGGUGAGAGGCAUCUCUGUUUAUUGGUAAGUCACCUUUUCCCCUUGAAAUCAAGAUCUUUAGUUCCGUUAACGCUUCAUUAUUCAGCUUUUAUCUCGUGUUUCAAUUUACGUAAGCUUUUAUCAAACUUGAGUUUGCGUAAGAGCUACAUAUGGCGUUUUCUCUUUGUUUUAUCACAUGUUUCGGAAAUUCUUUUCGUGAUUCAUGUUUUCCCUAUAUUUUUGCUUGUUAUCACAAAAUAUUCUGCUAAUGCCCGUACGUUCCAACUAACUCGCGUGCGGUUCCACUUGAAAACCCUUGAAAAUCGUGGGUUCUUUUUCACCAGAAGUUUUCGGUUGUAAACAACGAGGUGUCCCUAUAAAGCGUAUCUCGUCCCGCAAGCCAAUAGAAAUCGCGACGGAAUAUGACGGAAAGGAAGGGCUGAUCAUAGCCUACUUCGAUAGGUACACCGAAAAACCUCAUGAAUUCGCACUUAUAUGAAACUUAAACAGAGCAGUUCGUUCUUGCAAAAUUUUUGUGCAGGGAUUUAAGAAAGUUUUUCCGACGCCAGUUUGUUUUCAGUUAGGGAAUCAGAGAGUCCUGCAAUACUUGACCUACCCUGGAGGUCGAAUUUGCUUCAUGAUCACCAUUGUAUUCCCAAAACGAACGCCCUUCAGUAGGGUAGUGCUAGUGUCUCGCAAGAAAAUAACAUAUGAAGUGAAUCAUAUUUUAAAGUGUGUUUCAUAAGUUACCAAUUUUUCUUGACCGUCCUCAGUCGUUUCCAAAGUGUUUGCGUUGCUAAAGUAGGAGAGAAGGCGAGGAGACCUCUCUCGCUUUCACGCUACCCAUUACACUUCACGUUCCCAUUCUACCUGCGUCGGUUGCCGCCGUUAGACUGGGAACGAGUCAGGAGUUUUUCUGUGCGGUAAACUUCAGUAGAGGAAAUUUCGGAAAGAGCCUGGGAAAAAGAAUUAAGGCAUGGGCUUAAACCUCUCGCCUCUCAUACACUACUUGGGUGCCACCACCAAUGGAGCCACGAAGCCUCAUCUUGUGAGCGAGGCAAAUGGGUGCUGUGGUCUCCUCCUUAAUCCUUUAACUCCCAGAAGUGAUCAACAUGUAACUUCUCCCUAUUAUAUCCGUACAUUAUCUAACAAACAGGUGAUGAGAGUACUCAAACUUAUCAGGUAGAAGUUGCCAUCUUGAUCUAACACCAAAUUCUCAAAACUAAUUUACAAGGAAAUGUGUAGCAGCUGGAGGGGAGAAUUAACAGCUAGUUCCCAGGAGUUUAAGGGUUAACAAACGUAAUCAAUAAUACUACAUGAAUUAAAUAGUGUUAAAUUUCUUUUCUGAUUUUAUUUCCAUUACAGAAUUUCAUCUUCAUGACUGUGGCUAACUUUGGCCCACUGACCUGCUCCAUAAUCACCACAACUCGAAAAUUCUUUACAAUCCUCGCCUCAGUGCUCUUGUUUGGAAAUUCGCUUAUCACCCGCCAAUGGCUUGGUGUGUUUUUGGUUUUCGCUGGACUCACACUGGAUAGCAUUUAUGGAAAAGCAAGGAAAAAGGCAUAGAAGAGAUAAUUGUCCGUAAAUUAGGUAGCACAAGUAAUUUUUUGGUCGAAAUCAAAACAGUAGAGAAUAGUUGAGCCAGCGGUUUUCGUUUUUAAGCAAAAUGAAGGGUGACCUGAUGGUCACCUUUGCUCGCUCCUUUUCCUGAUUGAUCGAUUAGGAACUUACUUCUUCACUCCUGUUGUCAUUUUAACAAAGAAACAAAUAUAUUUAUUAGUUUCUGUAUUUAUGUGAAUAGCAAAUCUGUCGAGAUUGUCAUUGUAAACAGCUCAAGUACCAUGUGAAAGCUGAAAAACGAAAACCAUAGCGUAAGGAACGCUAAAAACGUUUUGGUUUCUCGUGUGAUUGAGUUAAAAGAAUAGUCUAAAGCGGUCAGUGUCAGAAAACCGAAACAGCUUGCGUGAAUCAGGGAGAAAUGGAUCAAAAUAUGCGCUUUCCGUCUUAACAUAGGGG